GCGCUUGCCGAUUAUGGAAGCACUGAGGCGUCAACUGAGACACAGGAAACACUUAUUUAAAGUCAAUAAGUGUCAAAAGAAGUACGCGACCCUCUUAAGAAGACCUUCAAUAGCUCAGGACACUCUUCGAGACCUUAAUAGAAAGUACGACAAUGAAUAUCAAAAAUCAAUUGGAUAGUCAUAAUAUUAGUGAUAUAAAUAAUAAUAAUGUCAAUUCAAGUUUUAACAAUUACAAAUCCAAGGACAGAAGACCGAUAGACCAAUCUAAGAACGGUAUUUUUUACGGAGAUAAUCUAAUUAUUAAAAUGGAGGUCAAUCAUCGGCAAUUAGAGAUAAUUGGUGAUGGUUGUCAAGUUACAAUCGUCAAUAAUCAUGCUAAAAUAAAAAUAAUCGGUGACGGUGGAGUGUUGAGAAUAAUUGGAGAUAAUUUUGGUGAUCUUGUGUACUACGGCGACGGUGGAAAAAUUUUACUUGGAGAAAAUAAUAAUUUGAAGAAAGUUCAGUAUGUUGGUGAUGGUGGUCAGGUAAAUAAUAAAAAAAUUAUCAAUGGACUGGAGUUGUCAGUAGUUUCUGGUGGGUUCCAAAAAAUCACCGGCAUUGGUACAAAAACAACGAGGAAAUUAAAAUCACCGGUUGUAAAAAUGACGACACCUGAUUAAGAUGUUUAUGAAGAAGAAACUCGACCUGCGGAGUAGACAAGUUUGCUUAUUCUAUGUUAUAUACAUAUAAGUAUAUAAUAAUAAUGAUAAAAAUAAAAAAGUAAUUUAUUUAUACGACAAUGAGUAUUUAUAAAUAAAUCAAGAUAUUACAUAGCCCACCUUUUUUGUUGUAUUUAAAAGCACGUAGACUCGUAAUGUGUGUAUAGAUGUUUAAAAGAAAAUUAAUGAGACAUUCUAUGUUUAAAUAUAUCCCUUGGCCCCGGGUGGACGGCACGCGUACUGCAUUCUAUCGCGGACACCGCAACUCCGUCAGACAGAUGCCAUCAACACGAAUUUAAUGUCACAUACAUUCGCGGUCUAUACAUACGCUAUUAUUACGCCGCGUAAUGUGUAAGAGGGUGUCAUACCAAAUUCUUGGAGAUCUAACAGAGGGAACGAUCCAGAUGCACUGGAAAUUAUCACAGGAGGUCAUUCUCAAUUCGCUAUUUUACUUUCUUUGUCUUCACUUUCGUUUACAUUAUAAAUUAACGCACAAUCAACUCAUUAUUAUAAUUGUCC